CAUACACGUGAUGAGACGGUGGUGAAGACGUUAAAUAUCCAUUCACACGACUCUUCGGCCACAAAAGUUGAAGUAGGAAAAACGAUUACUAGAAUAAGAAAACGUGCUGUUGAGACAAUGGAACAAACAAGUCAGGUACUUAAUGCGUGUACAUCUAAUAUUUCCCAAGCAUCGCAAGCAUCGCUGCCAAAUAAUUAUGCUCUCAAGAAAAUGGUGCGAAGGCAGCGAAACGAAUUAAAAAGAGCACCUCCCAAUCCGCAGAGUGUCGAAGAAUUAAUUAUACCAGACGAGUACACAAUAUACCACGCAGAGCCCGGCAGAAAUGAAAACUUUUUACUGUUCCAAGAAACCAAAGAUUUAUUAAUCUUUGGCCGUGAAAGUUGGCUGGCUCAUUUAUCUUCUAAAACAUGGUUUGUUGACGGAACGUUUAAAAUUGCACCCCCACUUUACGCGCAGGUGUACGUGUUGAUGGUAAAAAAACAUAAUGGUGUGCACCCUGUACUAUACGCACUCCUCCCCAAUAAGUUAAGGGCUACUUAUGUUCGCUUUUUUAACAUAAUUAAAAAUAUGCAACAGAAUGCGAAUCCAGACAGCAUAUUUUGCGAUUACGAAUCAGCUGCAUUGUUAGCAAUGAGGGAAUGUUUUCCAAAUGUAUCUGUAAAGGGUUGCUUUUUCCACCUUGCGAAGAACAUGAGAAAAAAAUUGGCAGACUUGAAUUUAAUUCAAACUUACAACACCGACGCAGAAUUUGCAUUAAAGGCGAAAAUGGUGAUCGCUAUUUCUUUUGUACCGCUUGACCACCUGGACGAAGCGUUAGAUAGCCUUGCUGAUGUCUUGCCUCCAGAAUUGCACCCUCUACUUAAUUGGUUUGAGGAUAACUAUGUUGGAAGGCUUAACAGAAGGGGAAAUGGUCGCCGGGCUCCCAUAUUUGAAUCUUCAAUAUGGAACUUGUACGAACGCACACUACAUGAAGAAGAUCGUACAAACAAUCACUCAGAAGCUGCACAUCGGAGAUUGCAGACUGAAUUAGGUGUUCUACAUCCUACCAUUGAAUUUGAUAGUUAUAAAUUCAAUGAUCCUACCUUGUGGAAAUUUAUAGACGCUUUGCGCGCGGUGCAGCAUGGCCGAGAUAUUUAUUAUGAAUCACUGGUAGCGGGAAACAAUCCACCUAAAAAACUUAGAAGGUAUAGAGACGCCGAUCGUAGAAUUUUACAAAUUGUACGAAACUUUGCUCAGUACGAAGCUAUUGAAGAAUAUUUACGGGGCAUCGCCCAUAAUUACCAAAUGGGGCAAUAAUAAUGUAAUAUUAUAUUAAUAAUGUAACUGUAAUUGCACUUGCAUACUUUAUGAAUGGCAUACUGUUUAUUAGAAUAAAGUUAUUUUCA